AUGAGCGCGGGAGGCUCCGCGGCCACCGCUGGCCCGGCGGAGCAGCGGGCGCCGGCGAAGAAGAGCAGCCUGGCCGCAAGCAUCUCCGGAGCCCUCGCGGGCGUCGCAGCGGGCGCGUUCCUGCAGCCGCUCGACGUGGUGCGGACCUACAUGCAAUACCAGUCCGCGCAGGGCGUGCAGCUGUCGAGCGCGGCCGCGACGCGCGCCGUCGUCGCGGAAGGCGGCCUGCGCGCCCUGUGGCGCGGCACGCAGCCCACCGUCAUCCGCCUAGGCUUGGGCGCGGGCCUUUAUUUUGCCAUCCUGCAGUCCCUGCACCGCACGCUCGACAGGAGGGGCGCGGGCGAGGGCGAGAAGGUGUCGUCCGGGAUGGCCGUCGCGAUCGGCGGCGCCGCGCGGCUGCUCUCCGGGACAGUGCUGGUCCCGGUGACGCUGGUGAAAACGAGAAUGGAGUCUGUCGGUUAUACCUACACCGGCACGCUCGACGCGCUCCGGAAGAUCGUGCGGGAGUCCGGCGCGCGCGGGCUCUUCAAGGGCGCGGUCCCGACGCUGGCGGCGAACGUCCCCUUCUCAGCGAUCUACUACUUGUUAUACCAGCGGGCUAAGGACGGCAUGAGGGGGGUGCCGUGGCUGGCCGCGCGGGGCGAGGCCGGGCGGGACAGCAUGGCGCUGAACGCGCUGUCGUCGGUCGUGGCGUCGAUCGGCGCGACGGUCAUUACGCAGCCUGUGGACGUGCUGCGGACGCGCGUACAGCUGGACCUGGUGGGGCAGGCGGGGCGCGGGUCGCUGCUGGAGGGGCUGCAGCGGAUGGUGGCCGCGGGGAUGCCGGCGCUGAUGUCGGGCGUGGGGCCGCGGUUCCUGAAGCGCACGGCGCAGACGGUCAUCAUCUGGACUGUCUACGAGGAGCUGACGCCAGUCUUCACAACACGACUUCGGAAGGCCAAAGAAGCCAUGGAUGCGAGGAAGCGGGGGAGCACGGCGUAG